GACUUGACUUCAGUCUCUCUAGAGACGUUAAAGCGAGAGGGGUAUAAUUAGUUGGUGCUGGCCACAGAAAAUUACGAGGAGAUCAUAAUGGCGUCCAAGAAGGCACUCUUGGUCCUUCUGGUUGUGACCUUGUCUCUUUUCAUUGAGAAUACCGAAGCUGGCUGGAAGUUCUGGAAGAAAGACAAAGAGACAACUACAGAAACUCCAACAACUUCAACGACAACAACCACAACAAUUCGUCCAAUACAAAGUAACAAUCCUCCUCCAGGGUCUCAUCAGUCAACGGGUUCCGUUGCCAAUGUCGUUGCAGGUGCAGCUGAUCCAAGUCUAGGAGUAGGAGUAGGAAAUUCGGGUCAAAAUUUGCGAAACAACGCACAUCCCCAGAGGCCCAAUCCUGGGACCGAAGUGGGCCAGGACUUUCCAGGAUCUCGACCACCGAAUCCAGCAAUCGGUGGUGGAUCGGGUCAGGGGUACAGAGACUGGGCAGUAGAUCUUACUGGAGCUGGAGAUCCUUCCAGACAGCCUCCAAGGCUUCCAUCCUCAGGGCCGGCAUUAUCGCCAAGACCAAGUCCCAACUCUCCACAGUCUGUCACUCCGAAUGGCGCAGGAAGUGGAGGAUCAAGACCUCAGCCUGGAUCUUCUGCUAAUAGACCAGUUCCUCCAGCAUCAGGUGUUGGAAGUCCUCAAGGAAUCUCUACUUCAGGUGCACAUGGAAAUAAACAACAACCCCCUGCACUGGGACCCAGACCUGAAUCGCCAUUAGGCUCUACAGGCUCCACUGGAGGACUGUCGCCUGGUUAUGCACAACCUGGAGACACCGGCAAACCCCUAGUUUCGACACUCAAUGUUGGACCAAUUACUCCAGCUCCAGGAAGACAAAAUCCUUCUGGAUAUCCCAGCCUUCCAGGAUCUUCAAGCUCUCCUGGUGCUUCUCCGCCUGGAGGAAAAACGUGGGCGCAAGUGGCUGGGGGUGGAAGUCCUCCUGGGUCGCCCGUUCCAGUUUCCAAACCAUCUGGACAACCGAUUUCCGGACAGAAUGGAGGAGGUAUAAAUUCUGGAACUGUGGCUGGAGGACUUGCUGGAGGAGUUGUAGCUGGAGCUGGCAAGAAGAUUUAUAGUAGUAAUCCUACUUAUAGCAAAGGUAAUGGAGUGACUGCUGAGGACUUGGAGAAACUAUCUGAAGCGCUGUGGAUCAAGGACAAUAAUAAUGCCUGGAAGCAUAUUAAAGUAAAUCUCCAGCGGCAAACUAGCUCCAGUAGUACCAGGGAUGAGGCCCCAGAACCAUUGCUCACAGUUGAUCGGCAAGCAUUCCAGAUCUCAACGAUCGAAAAAGUCUUGACUAUCUAUGACAAUUACAAACUGGAAGCUCGCGAAAAUGAAUACAUCAGCCCAGCACAGAGAAAUGAGGAGAGUUUACUUGUUGACACUUUUCUAAGUACUAAUGUCAUGUCAGCAGCGAUGCGUUUCCUCGCAGAUAAGGGCUACAUCCGCAAGGAUUACUAUGACUACAAGGACACACUCAGGAGAAUGUGGUUCAAUCUUUAUUCCAGGGGCGAUGGUAAAAUUGGUAGCUCUGGAUUCGAACAUGUGUUCUUAACAGAACUUAAACUGGGAUCUGAAGUCAGUGGACUUCAUAAUUGGAUAUAUUUCAAUGCCGAGGAGACGAAAGGACGGGCUGAUUACUUGGGGUACAUCAAGAAAAUUGAUCUUGGUGAUAAAGCUGCUAUUCUCAAAUUCCACGCAAAAUUCUCCAACAUCGACAAGGCAGUGACGACGAUGUUCAUAGGUACCUCUCCAGAACUGGAAAUGGCUUUGUACACCGUAUGCUUUUUCGUAAGGUCAGAUCAAUCCUGUCCUGUUUCGCUGGGUGGAACUAAAUUCAAUAUAAUCACCCACAAAUUCAGAUAUCGAGGAUACGAUCUAGUAGGCUCUGCAUAUCCAGACAUAUAAACUGUUUUAUACUGAAUUUCUCAUGGAGAUUUUCUAAGCUCAUAUGACGUGAGAUUAAUUACGAUAAAUUGAUUAUGAUGAUACAGGUAAUGAUAAUUACUCUCUUAUAAUUGUAGUUUUAUAGAUACAUAAAAAUAUUAGUGAUGAGUCA